UCUGGUUGUUGUUCUUUUUCCAUUUUGACUCGUCUGGGUCGACUCGGUUACUGAGUCAACUCGUUCGUUGGGGGGUAAGGAAGAGCGACCGAGGAGUUUUUACCUUCAGUGGCGGGGCCGCGAUGCCUUCGGUGGGGAUGAAACGGAGCACGAGGGUCUGCAGGAUGAAGAGCUCGGAGAUCCGGAUUCUUCGUUCCGGGCGGCAACUCUGGCCUGAUUCCGGCGAAGUAAAUCCCAAGAGGCGCAGCAACGACGGCGUUGAAUUCAACAACUCGGUGAAAAAGACUCCAAAGAGUGAAAUACAGAAGUUUCCUCCAAAGACAAUUGAGAAGCCCAAAGGACUGAACCACGAAGAGAACCCAAAGAAACGGUCCAGGAAAGUGAAAGCUGAAGCUAUAAACAAUGGCGGAACUGUAGAUAAAAUGUUUGGGAUUGUUUAUACUAGAAAAAGAAAGAGAAAUAGUGUUCAAAAGUGCCAACUUUCGGAAAAUUCCGAGCUGAAAACUCCUGUCGAUUCCACCGUCCUCGAAAACGAUAAACUCGGGACUGAAGUUAUUUCAAACCCGAGUUUUCGAUCUUCGAAACUAACAGUUCGAAGCAGUAUUCAGAAGAGGAGGAGUUCUCUGAGGAGAAUGAGAUCUAGAAACCCUUUUUCAAGUGGAGCUCUAAUGUCUGAAUUGGUAAGUAGUAGACGAAAUGGGAUUCCUUUUUCCUCCGUAGUUUCGAAAAACAAGCUUAGGAGUUGUUCAUUCCGCAGUGAUUCCUCGUCGAACUUAAGUGAUGAGAGCUCUUCGACAUCAGUUUUAUCGGAUCUAAUGCAGAAGGUAGAGUUGGAGUCGGAAUCAUGGCGAUGCUCUGCCAAUGUUUUGAUCGUUGAACCGAAUAGAUGUUACAGGGAAGGAGCAAUCGUCACUUUGGAGCUCUCUGAAACAAAAGAAUGGCUUAUUGUAGUGAAAAAGAAUAAUAGAACUAAGUAUGCACUGAAGGCAGAUAAAUUUAUGAGGUCAACCUCGAUCAACCGCUUCACUCGGUCUAUGAUUUGGGCUGCAGAUGAUACCUGGAAGCUUGAGUUUCCAAAUCGGCAAGAUUGGAUCCUUUUUAAAGAUCUUUACAAGGAAUGUUGUGAGCGCAAUGGGCCUGCUUCAGUUUGUAGAGUGAUCCCUGUGCCCGGGGUCUGUGAAGUAUCGGGAAACGAGGGUAAACCCAGUGUGCUGUUUCGAAGACUGAAUUCGUAUAUCACGGUGGAUGGCGAUGAAGUAUCUAGAGCCUUGGCAAGGAGGACUGCUAGCUAUGACAUGGAUUCAGAAGAUGAGGAAUGGUUAAAGAAAUUCAAUAACGAACUUUAUAGUGGAAAUGGGCAUUACGAGCAUCUUUCGGAGGAUUGUUUCGAGUUGAUGAUUGAUACGUUCGAGAAGGCAGCUUUUUGCAGUCCAGAUGAUCACUCGAAUGUGAUUGCUGCUGCAUCUGAUAUAGGUAUAAGGCCGGUGGUUGAAGCUGUUCAUGCUUACUGGUUGAAGAAACGGGACCAAAGGCGAUCGCCACUGCUCAGAGUUUUCCAGGGUCAUCAGAUCAAGAAGGCUCCGGUCAUUCCACAGCCUUUUCUACGGAAAAGGAGGUCGUUUAAGCGUCAAGCCAGCCAUGGAAGAGGCAAGCAACCAAGUUUGCGGCAAGCCAUGGCAGCCGAACACGAUGUAUUGGAAGAAGACAAUGCGAUGGCUAAAGUGGAAGAAGCUAGAGUCGCAGCAACCAGACAUAUUGAAUCAGCUAUCCUCAAACGCGAACUGGCUCAGUUGCUAAUGCAAAAUGCUGAUAUGGCUACAUACAAAGCCACAAUGGCACUCAGAAUCGCCGAAGCUGCUAGUCUUACCGGAUCAUCGGAAGAUACAGCGGCCCACUUUUUGUUCGAUGAGGUGCCGGUAGUUGUCUAGUAGGGGGUAGUUUGCACAGCAUCAUGGCUGUUUUUGAAGCCCAUGGGAAUUGGGGAAGAGUAGUGUAAUAAUGUAUAGCUUGAUUUAAUUUUCAAAUGUAUCAUCGUGUAUUAUUUUAACUUGAUGCCAUUGUAGAGAAAUCUGAAAAGGGAGAGAAUUACAGGGAA